AUGACACUCUACGCCAACUGGAGAACGGAUUUCCAAGAGGCUUACAAUAUUUACCAUCUUGUCCUACCGUUGUCAAUCAAAGCAGUUCGAAACUAUACCGCCAGUAUGUACGGUGCCUGCCCGUUCUGCAAGAAGCCACCAACCGUUUGCGGAGUUGUUCACAAGCAACCGCCAAGAGCGUUCUACGCCAGCCUCACCGAACUGUGUGUUUUUGCCAAAAGUGCUGGAUAUUAUUGA